UUACAUCCAUGCAGAGCAGGGUGAGGGCUACCCCCAGAAGAUGGGAUAGGUGGGACAGUCCCUAUUCCCAAAUAGAGGGAAAAGGGUCAGUGAGGUUACACUGCCCUAUAUAGAGUAGUAUCGGGCUUGCCAAGGAGAGGGGACAGCCAAUGAAAGCCGUUUCUCAUUGAUCCCACCACCCUCCAGGUCUCCAUCUUGGCCAUGAUUACUGUGGAAUUGUUUGGCAUCAUGGGGCUGAUGGGCAUCAAGCUGAGCGCCAUCCCUGUGGUCAUCCUCAUUGCCUCGGUGGGCAUUGGUGUGGAGUUUACUGUCCACGUGGCCCUGGGCUUCCUGACAGCUGCGGGGAGCAGGAACGUGCGCUCAGCCGCAGCACUGGAACACACUUUUGCGCCUGUGAUGGAUGGUGCUGUCUCCACGCUCCUGGGUGUCCUCAUGCUGGCUGGCUCUGAGUUUGAUUUCAUCAUGAGGUAUUUCUUUGCGGUGCUGACCAUCCUGACGCUGCUGGGGCUGCUCAAUGGGCUGGUGCUGCUGCCUGUGCUGCUCUCUGUCAUCGGGCCACCCCCUGAGGCAUCCUUGGUGGAUAAUGGCUCCUGCCUACCCCCACCAGAGCCGAUACCCCCAUGUCUGGGCCCUGGGGGACUGUAUGUCCGGCGUGCUCCAGCCUGGCCUGCCACCUUCCCUGAGCCCUCCGACACGGAGCACUACACGGAGAGCAUGGGGCCAGGCAGCCCACGAGGACCCUUCGUCGUGCCCCCUGCCCCAGCACACAUCCUACUGGAGGCUGGCAAGGACCCCAGCUUCCCCCGCAUCACUGUGCUGAAGCCCUACAAGGACAGCCUGGAGGUUCAGGGGAAGAAAGAGGCCUCUGGCCCUCAGCCUGCAGCCCCCCUGCCCUUCGGGGAGCCCUGCACCACGCUGCCCCGAGAUCCCCUGCAGCCCGGCCCACCGGGCACCCGGCCAGCGCCGCCCGCAGCCCUGCCCACCUACAGCACCCACCUGCAGGGUCCUGCCGGCAGCUACACCACCGUCACAGCCACCGCGUCAGUGACAGUGGCCCUGCACCCCACGCUGCCUGGCUCCUACCCCACCUUCAGCCCUGAGGGCUUCACCAGCAGCGAGCAGGGCUGCCUGGACGAGCCCAGCACCAGUGGCACCGCAGUGCCCGACACCUUUGAGAUGCAGAACAUGGGACACCACAGGGCAGGUGCCUGGCGCUAG